CUUAUUGUUUGUGGGAUGGUUUGCGUUUUGAAUCAGGAGGUGUUUCGGGUAGCAGCAAAGGCUGUCAUUCUUGGCUCUAAGCCUGCCAUGAAGAUAAUGAAGAAAAUCAGGCAGAAAGGAACUCCCCUUAAACUCUUAAGUAGCAGGACUGCUCUUAUUGAUUUUACACCAGCUACUGAAGUUUCUAAGUACAAAGGUCAACCUAUUCAAACUGUGAGUGGGAUUCGGGGAAAGGUUAAGAAGGCGUCAAAAAGAGAGGGGAUUGCCGAAUGUGCAUUCAAGUACAGAAUUGGUAUGGGUGAUAUUGUUUUCAUGCGUGUGUGGCGUCAAGUUGAGGCUCCUCGCUUCUUCAACAUGUUAAUAACUGCGGUGGAACCAUGUGAUUCUAUUGUUCCUGUUAACAAGGAUUCACUCAAAAAGGAUGACCCUUCUCAGAGGCAGGUUGAACUUGAACAACGUCGUGGUGUGGACAUUAUUGAUGGGGAGCCUCUCUCGUAUUCAUGUUCAAGUCCUCUAACACUCCUCUACAAUAUUAAGAAUAUGAAUGGAAAUAAGAGGGUAAUCAAGGAGGAGAAAAAUGCAGUGAUAUCCGAGGAAGAGCAGAAAGCAUAUGAACGACGAGUAGAAUCCAGAAGACACCAAGUGGAGUUAGAGAUACCAUAUAAGAACGGUCUUCCUAUGAUGCUCUUACAGGAGUGAAGGAUGCCAAUGAGAUAGUGGUUAAAUGAUAUAUUACGUAAGUUAUUAAAGUUUUAAAUGGCUAGGAUUUUGGAAUUCGGUCUGUCUAGUUGAGUUGUAGACCUAUGUAAUAGGAAUAAUUUGAGAUGCGAGGUAUUAAUUUAUGACUGGAAUGGAUUGGUUCAUUUGGUUGCCUUGAGCUGACAAAGGCCAUAACUAAGUUUGGAAUUAGUAAUUGUGCUUGUGUAACGAGAGGUCCUUGCUUCCCAGCCCAAUUUGAAUUAAUUUAUCCCAUUUUUAGUCAUUUUAA